CAGGUUUCAGGUGUUGGAGUGUGGACCAGAGGAGGAAAUGCUUGUGAAGCCGUGAACAGCUGAAGCAGAAGCAGCUGGAGCUGGCCUGGCAUCAAUUUUCGUGCUCGGUGUUGCUCGUUUGUGAAAUUAGAAGGUUGUUUCGAAAGAUCGUGUGCAGAUUUUUAUCUUACCGACGUCGAGUCUGAGUCGUUGUAGACAUGGGGAGAGCAGCGCGGAAGUUGGUGGUAGAAGCAGAAUCCGAUUCUGAUGAUGGUGCCCCGGAGGAAGUAAACAUGGCUGCGGGUAGAGAUGAGGCAGAAAGAAUCAGAAGAGAGGAGAGGGAGUCGCAGAAGAGGGUUCUUGCUGCAGCCAAGGAGAAGAGGAAGAAGGCUAGUGGACCCAAAGAGGGAAAGACUAAGAAAAAGCAGAAAGCCGAGCUGCUAGCUGCAGCUGCAGAUGAAGCAGAUGCUGAUCAGGAGGAAGAGUUGACAAAUCAGCAGAAAGCCUCGAGGGCAGUUGCCCAUGGUCUUCUAGACGACUCUAUCGUGAAGUUUUUGGCUGCUCAGGAAAAGAAGGUAGUGGACAUUGAUAACAGUCUGCCAGAAAAGGUUGAACCCAAGGAGCAAACUGAAAAGAAGAAGAAGAGGAGAAAGAAUGACUCGUCUCCGAGCGGGGUGAAAGUAGUCGUUUUAUCAAGCAUUAAGCCGAAGGCGGCAUCUUUUCAUAGUGCAAUGGAGUUCAGGAGGAAUCGUUUAUUUGGAGAAGAUGUACAUCGGUCUCUUGUUAUGCUGCCCAAGAAGGUUAGGUGACAGGUUUGAAGGAAGGUCAAGGCAGUGUUCAUCCUUUGCUGCUACUCGGCGACAUGAAUUUUUAUGCCAAGAUGCCGCAUGGCUUGCUUCUGGCUUCUCCAUGACUUCAAGUAUGAAGCAUGGCAUUUGCUUCUAAAUGGAAGGCAAUAGCUGGAUGAUAAGGAGCCAAAGAUAAAUUUGCAUACGGAGACAUCAACGUUCCAAGGAGCUGGCUCAUCUCGGAGGCCAAAUAUAAUUGAAGAAUUAUUUGCGGCUUUGUGAUAGAAAGUAUCGAGCAGCUCAUGUUUCAUGACUCCAACACAAGAGCGGAGGUGUCUUUGCGGCUUGUAUUUGAUACCCGACGAGAGUGUAGGUUAAAGUAGAUUUCAGUAGAAAAAUGACAGACGAACAGAGUGGAUGUAUUACUAUUCAAUCUAUCAAACAAAUUUUGACGGAAGCAACGGAGGCACAUGU